GACAUGCACGGAUUCUAUUGUCCUUAUCCGAAGUGGUACAGCACGUGUUCGCAAUAUCGUCACAAGCGUCCUGCGUUGUUCGACGUCUUGCAUAGAUGGGAUCGACGGCGCGCACCUGCGUUCUUUUGUGCAUAUUUGCGUUGCCCAUUAUGACCGCAGAGUGUAGCCCACUACAUUCAAGUUACAACUACCACGGAAUGUAUAAACAUCCUACGGAUGGCGCUCCCGCGCCUUCAUGGGUACCAUGCAAAUGCAUUUGCAUCAUGAUCAGCCAGCCUCCAAUUCCUGGGGCGUGGUCUCAUCGUUUGCUGCCGUGUGAGGAAGCGUCGAAUGCUUUGUGUACCCUGAAAGCCUGUACCCAAGGAAGUCAUCCGCAUCAUGCACGACGUUUCCGGAGGAAUGCCCUCGAUGACCUUGCAAAGUUCAUUCAGGUGGCGGUACCCGGAGGAGACAAAUUGAUGGACAGUCUUUACGAAGCAACAAAGGGGGCUGUGGGUGUCAAAAAGACGAAAUUCCUUGAGUAAAAUAUUGCCCAAGUGCGGGUGUA